AAGGAACGUAAACGUUAUGUUUAUUUACGUGCUCAAGUCAAUCACACGCAAAUCACAAUAGUCAUUACGCACAAAAGCAAAAAUUUAUAGUGUAAUGAUCGAAGACUUUUAAAGAUGUUGUGGUAUCUACCAUGGUCCGAAAGCAUAAAAAAAAGAGCCUGCCGAUAUUUACUCCAACGAUACCUUGGAAAUUAUCUUGAAGAAAAACUUACUUUGGAUCAGCUGAGUGUCGAUCUUUACAAUGGGACUGGUACCGUUUCAGAUGUUAGCCUUGACUGCGAGGCCCUCAAUGAGUUGGGGGACAGUCAAAAUUGGCCAUUGGAAAUAGUUGAUGGUCAAAUGAAAGAAAUAACAGUCACAGUACCCUGGUCUACGCUUCUCAAAGAUGAUUCUGUUGUGGAAAUUAAUGGACUCUCACUUACAGUCCAACCUAAAGUUAGGCCUGAACCUGCAUCAUCAAUGCUGGAGUCUAUGUGGUCUUCCAUGUCAUCAUCAAUGCAACUGGCGGCAGAAUGUCUUAGGGAAGAGGCUGGCCCACAGGAAUCAAACCCCGUUGAAGGCAUUGAGAUGUUUGCGCAUGCUAUAGAUUCAAUUUUGAGCAGAGUGAAGGUAAAAUUCGUGAAUACAAAAAUAAGAAUAGAACAUGUUCCAAAAAAUGGUGACAAGGGCAUCGCACUGGAGGUCCAUAUUGAAAAUAUCGACUAUUUCGACGAAGCCGGAACGGAACCAUCACCGGAAACGACGGAUCCAGAUAAAACUAAAACCUACAUCGUGUCAACAUACACAAAUAAAAAAAUCAAAUUCAAUGGCGUCGUGUUCAACAUAGACGAGUUCCCAUCGAAGCUGCGUACAAUGGCUCCGAGUCUGAUGGAGAAAUCCGCAUCAUCUGUCGACAGGUCCGACGGAGCGUCAGUCGACACCCCUAACUCAAAUUACCAGAGCACAAUGUCCGAUGUGUUCUAUGAAACUAGGAGUGUAAUGUCUACUAUAGAUUCGGAUCCUAUUAAGGAGAUAAUUGAAGAGAGACAUAUCGGAAGCGCAAGAGAGUCGACUCCGCCGGACAGAACCACGCAAGCAGACCCAAUACUAUUUGCAAAAUUAACUGGUCAACAGGAAUUAGCCCUCAAACUUAAGCAUUCGGAGGAAGUUGAGGGGCCAAAGGUCGAGGUCAAAAUUCUAUUAGGGUCAUUCUUGAUAUUCAUAACGCCGAGGCAGAUGCGUACAAUCAUUGAACUCGUAGAUGCUUUGAAUCAACCGCAUCUUGAAGAUACGAGUAAUAUUCCAGUCCGACCCAGCAACAUUAACAUGCAAUGCAAGCCGAUGAAGCAAGCUGACUUUCAGCUGAUAGAAGCACAACUGCUCGGUAACUUGGACAAGCAGCAAGCCAAACCCAGCAACAUGUAUGGCUGGUCCGGUCCUAGUUUUGAAGACGGUGAGACUGAUGAGAAAUUCCUGCCGAUGACGUCACAGGGCCUUAUGUCUGAGAGCUUCACCAGCUCCAUCAGCUCAAUGAGCAACAGCAUGACGUCCAGCAUGAACAUAUCCAGUCAGCCAAGGAUCAAGAGAAACAAGAAAGUUCCUCACAUUGAAGGCGAUCCCACCGCUGAAGUGUCACAUAUAAGCUUGAGGGUGGCCUCAAUAUCGUGUGUACUACUACAUAAGGAUAUCCUCGCCCCAACACCACUGUCCUUGGACAGCGUCUCCUACUCCAGCGCUUAUAAAAUGCAACAAGUAGCGACGGAAUUCUUCAACCGUAUAGAAACAUUCAGCAAGUUCGACGAGAGAAGAAACAUACAUCAUGUCAACGACUCAUUGGAUACAGCCACCGACAGAGAUCAUUUAAGAUUGUUGAUGUCAGAGAUCAGUGUGGAUGGCAGCGAGAAGGUGACGUCACACGGCAGCCACACGGUCUGCGAGGCGGCCGUGCAUGAAGCGUUACUCAGAGAGUGUCUGUACCACGAGGCACAGAGACAAACAUAUGACUUGAUUCGAUUCGAUAGAGGUGAUGAAGAUACAACUGUAUCAACAAAAUCAAAUAUACGAAUGAAUUUCAAACAGACAUCCAAAUAUAUAUCAACAUCGGGAGAGAGGAAACUUGUGUACCCUACAACGGAUAUUGUGUUGAAGUGUACUCCGUUCUACAUAGAUGUGGACCUGACCUUAUUGGAGCGCAUGUCUUCAACAUUCUUCGGUGGGCCCCCUCCCCCGCCCUCCCCGCACGUCGCUUCGCCAUCAAACAAGUCACAGAACCAAGUCAACUUCUCACUACAAUGUCCUAACUUGGAUAUUAUACUAAGAUUCCCCAUAGCGGAUCUUCGUCCAGGAGGUCGUUCUGAGGCUCGCUCUGUCCGUCCCGACUACCUCCUCUUCAAGUUACACAACACCAACGUCGGCCUCCAACAGCUCGCCAGCGCUCGGCCACUGCCGACCACUAUAUCAAUACGAAUGACCACCCUGGAUCUAUACUACUAUGAAAAUGAGCACUUACCGGGAACACACAUAGCUCAAUCAACGAUGGACAACACUACGCACGAGAACAACAUUCUACAGGGGACCAGUAAUGUGACGACUCUGCCUGUAGUGUCAUUAACUUUUCAACCGUCAGAGUCGUCGAAGGGGCCGUUCGAGUGUCUCCAGGAACCUAUGGAGGUGUCCUCGAACCCUAUGACCACCUCCAUGUAUAUAAUGAACAACCUUCACAGCGACCUCCCCAGCCCCUUCAGUGGCAAGAAAAUGGCGCACCAAGGAAUCGGCAAGCACGAAGAUAAUCACACCGGUCAAGAAGAAGACAUAAUAAUCCCCGGCACAGAGGAGGAGAUGAGGGAAUUCACAAACAGCUCCGUAGAACAUUCCGCUAUACAUCUAGACUUCAGUCUGCCCAUCCUCAGCUUACAACUGGAAUCAAAGCAGCUGUACGAGAUCCUGUACAACCGCAUUAGUUCCGAGCUGCUGCUGUGGUCUCCUCGUGAAGAGUUUGAUAUCGCCCCCCCUCCGCCACCCUCCUUCGAACCAUGCCGGGGAGGAUACGAUUCAGACUCGGAGAGCUCGUCGUCUCAAGAGGACAAUUUAUACUAUUCAACAUAUGACAACAAAUUGAAGAAAGGCAUCGGCAACACAAGACCGUUCUCAGACAUCAGACAAUGUGAGACGCACAACUUCUGUCUCACAUUCAACGUUGACAAGGGGCUUCUCUCUAUAUUAGCGCCUGUGAGGGAUAGCAACAAAAGAGUUGUCCCGGGACAAAUGGGUGAAUUAGUUUUGGAGGCCCAUAAGCUGUCUAUGUGUCAAGUCAGCGGGCUCUAUGGAAAAGCUAAGACGGCCCAAAUGUGUCUGAGGGCUGCCAGGGCGACUCUAUACCAUGAACCGCUCCUGACUAUACCGUCAGACAGGCCACCGUUACGUUUGUACGGCUCAGUGUUGCCAUCACACCUCAAGAAGACAAUAUAUCCGUCGAAUAAGGGCGUCAUAAUAAAAGAUAGAUUGAAGCCUAAGGACAUGUUCACAAUGGCGCUGAAGACUGAACCUGACACUGAGACGCCCAAUUUGAAGACAAUAUGCAUAGCCCUGGGCAUUGAACAGGCCACCCUCCGACACAGAGGCGACAAGGGUAUAGCGUGGCUCAGUCAGCUGUUGGAUGUACUAGAUGUUAUAGACUACCCUGUGCCGGGAUACACGCCGUCGCCAGUACUAUCAGAAUUGCAUGUGCAUGUGUGGGACUGCGCUGUGGACUACAGGCCGCUGUAUCUUCCAAUACGUAGCGUGGUGACGCUUGGCAACUUCAGCGUUUCCAGCAACCUCAUACCGGAAACCAACACGUCCUACCUCCGCUUCCUCGCUCAAGAAUGCUCACUCCACCUCAGCUAUCUCCACAGCAAGACUGUAGCGCCAGAUGACAGAGCACCAGAUCUCCACAAGGAAUACGUCUGCGUCAUUGAUGUCGGACUGUUUGAACUGUCCCUUAGAAUGGAAGAUAAAAGCAAUGGCAGCCAAGAUCAUCCUCAGGUGGACCUGACGGCGUCCAACAACAUGGUGACUAUGUUCACGUGUUGGGAUUCCGCGUCCGCGCUGUGCCGUCUGUUGACUUACGUGGCGUCUGACGGGGACUCGCAGACUUACGACUCCCGACACACCAGCCUGUGCUCUGACCAGCCCUUGGAACAGUUGGUUGGGUUAGAAGAUCGACCGAUAGAAGAAAUAAGAGAACUGUCGCAGAGUGAAAUCCAACAAGUGAACGAUUUGAUGGCGGAAGCUAUGAAAGAGAGUCCCAAUAAUACAAUUGAUGAUGAGGAUUUCGUGAGCUCGACGGAAAAGGAAGGUGUGGAACUGUUUUACUUUCCUGAUGAGUCAAAUGUGAAGCAAAAGCAACUCGAGACAGCGGACGCCGAGAGCGAAACUAAGUCAGUUGAAUACGAAGACAUGUCACACGUUGAAGAGGCCCAGGAGGCUACGCCGACGAACAUGCAGGUCGCCAGGGAUCUAGGGGACCCGACUGUCACGCCGAAGUCAACGCCAAAAAAAUCAAAGCGGAAAAAGAUGAGCUCGUGUGGCAGCGGCAGUAACACGGACGACGAGUACUGUGUGGUGGAACAGCUGGCUGGUGACAUGGAGAUGGAGGAGCCGGUGGUGACCUGGCUGGCUGGACCCGUCACUAUGUUGAACGACCACUUCAGUGUACCACCAGCGAAGUCAGACGUACUCGCAGCGCCCAAGAGCUUCCCGCCACCAGUGCUCAGGUACACUCUGUGUGAACUGAGCUUAACCUGGAAUAUGUUUGGAGGCAGUGAUUUCAAACCGAAAGAAACGUCCAAGAAAUCAGUUUCCAUUGAUGAUCCUAGGGGAGGGGGCUCGCCCGUUAGUUCUGCGCGCAGCAAGGACUACGAGCCAUACGAGAGCCGUCGCUCGUUGGCGUCCUCAUACCGGCACGGGGUCAGUUGGAGCGCGGGAACUGACCGGGUGCGGGCGACUCACACAAGAAAAAACGACUCCCGGGAUCAUCACACGUGUGUCAAGCUCUGUCUUACUAAGGUGAAGUUCCAACACGAGGUGUACCCGCCCGGAUGCACGCAGGCUUCCAGACAGACCCUGGCUAUCGCAAAAAUAGAAGUCUUAGACAGAUUAGUGUGCAGCGACAUCAACAAACUGCUGAGUCAAUAUAAACUUAAAGACGAACCCGAGAGAAAAAACGCUCAUAUGUUAAUAGUGAAAGCGGUCCACCUGCGAGCCGACGCCUCGCUCCCGGUACAGGAGUGCUGUCUAAAGGUGUCUCUACUACCGCUACAAUUCAACCUGGACCAGGACACUCUCGCCUUUUUAGUUGAUUUCUUCUCUAAAUUGGGCAGUGAUGAGACCAAUGAGGAAGACACAAAGAGCCUAGGGGCUGUCUCAACUGAGUCAGGAUCCCGUCAAAGUACGCCCACACAUAGGCCGCCCGUGAUGAGCGUGGGUGCCCAUUUAAAAGACCCACCGCCCACGCCCACAUCCUUAGGAGAUGCCGACUGUCUCUCGCUUAACGAAACUGUUAUUCGUGACGACGAACCGCUCAUGGAGACGUAUGAAGCUGAACGACUGGUGUCCGAGAAUCUCAUACAACUGGAGGAGGACUUUCAGCGGCUCGGCAUCAGCCACGAGAAGCCGACCACCAAAGUGCAAGACUGUGAACCCGUCGAUGACUCGCCUAUAUACUUCCGUCGUGUAGUAUUUUCUCCUGAGGUGCCAAUACGUCUGGACUAUGUGGGCAAGCGUGUAGACCUGUCAGCUGGUCCUGUGGCCGGACUGCUCAUGGGACUCGGACAGCUAAACUGCUCAGAACUAACAUUGAAAAGGCUCGAUUACAAGUUGGGCCUGUUGGGCCUUGAGAAGCUGGUGCAAUGGGCGCUACACGAAUGGCUAUCAGACAUCAAAAGACAUCAACUGCCGGGGCUACUCAGUGGCAUUGGACCCAUGCAUUCCUUACUACAGAUAAUAACCGGCAUCCGCGACCUGGUCUGGUUGCCGGUGGAGCAGUGGCGUCGCGACGGGCGUCUGGUCCACGGUCUAAGACGCGGCGCCGCCUCCUUCACAGCUAGAACUGCUGUCGCUGCUCUGGACAUCACCGCACGCAUCCUACAUCUCAUACAGGCGACAGCUGAGACGGCGGUGGACAUGUUGACACCGGCUCCGGCUCUGCCCCUGUCAACCCAGGGGAGGAGACGUCGCAGAGACCGCACUAGACAACCCGCUGAUAUACGGGAGGGAGUGACCAGCGCAUAUAACACUGUUAAAGAGGGUUUCGCGGAGACGGCCGCAUCAUUAUCAGCGGCGGCUCGUCGGGGGAAGGGCGCGGGGGUGCUCCGUCAGUUGCCGGGGGCUGCGGUCGCGCCCCUCGCCCUGGCCGCGGCCGGCGCCGCCGACGUCCUGGGAGGUGUCCGAGCACACCUCGCACCGCACACCACGCGUGAUCACGCAGACAAAUGGCGCAGACCAUUCACAGAUACGACUGAUUAAUUUCAUUCACUGAACUGUAUCCACGUCACGGAACGCCGGCUGUGGUUGACUAAAUAAAAAUAUAUAACCUUACAUAUUUUAACGAAAUGUACAAAAAAACAAGAAGUUUUACAUGGUAUGAAAGUGAUUAUAUAUAUUGGAGAAUAUAUUACGUAUUGAGAUGUUUUAAAAGUGAUAUUUUUAUACUGGCAACACAAAAAAAUAUAUAAUAGAAAUGUAUGUCAUAUCAACAACAUAUAUAUAUAUAGUUGAGCAUUUUUCCUCAUAACUUGUAAACAGGAUCGGUGCUUGAUGCAUGAACUGGCAUUUUGAAGCAUUUAGCUGCUUACUAUAAUAUUCAUAGUAUAUAAAUAGGUGUAAAUAUUGUUUUUUAAUAAUUUUAAUUGGAUUCGUUGUUGGGUGCCAUGACAGAACCUUAAAGUAAUAUUUAAAAUAUUAUUAUUAUUUUUUCUUUUCCAUUACAUCAAAUGUAUCUGGUUCGACGGUUUGAAAAUUUCCAAAAAUUUUAAACACUAUGUACAAUAUAUGUCGAUAGCGUUAAUUUUAUACGAGUGAUAUUUUAUAGGCUAGUGAAAUAAAAAUAAAAAAAUUUAGAUGAUAUCUGUCAAUAAAAUGUAUCCCCUUUUAUAGAACUCAAGAUGCUAAUAAUAAUUAUCUCACUUU